GUGUGGAACAACAGUAUCGCCAAGCAGUUGGUGCGCCAUUUUGAAAAACCGUGGUCAUGUUUUAGUAUAUAGAACAGUCUAUUCUAUCUGUAUACCAAUAGCAUUGUUUUGGAAUCCGUUAUUAUGGCAGUGAUAGAAGAACAACAUAGUCAUCUGGACACAGUAUCUGGCGCGACCAUUGCCGGCAUCUGUGUGGGAUGUAUCGUGUUCCUCAUCUCGAUCACGGCCGUCGCGUACAAGUGCUACAGACGCCGCGUAAUGCGCAAUGCGCAAAACAGACUCUCUUCCGCCAUCAAGAAAGGCCUGCAGGAGAGCAACUCUGGCAGCAUGAAGAAGAGCACCCCGGUCCGUAGCAGCAAGAUCAUGAAAUCUAAAGGCACGAGCCCCAUAACGCCGCCCGACGGCGAAUCGAAACUCCUCCACAAAAUGCCCUCCCCCGGCUUCACCCAGACGGGGAUUGACCCCAGCGCCAUCAAGUCAGAAGUGUACGUUGAGAAUGAGAAGGAUGGGGCAACCCCGGAGAAAGAAGAGGUGAUGCGUGGAGAGCCGCUCGACGAGAGACCCGUCAAACUCGGAUUCGUCAACUUCUCCGUCGACUACGACCCGAACAAGACGGCGCUGCUCGUAACCAUCUCGAACGCCACCGAGCUGCCGCCACGCGACCCGACGCUCGGCGGCUGCGACCCGUACAUCAAGCUGCAGCUGCUGCCUGAGAAGAAACACAAGUGUAAGACGAGGGUGCUGCGCAAGACGCUCAACCCGGUGUACGACGAGACGUUCACGUUUUUCGGCAUCAACGCCAACCAGCUUCAGGGCAUCACGCUCCACUUCGUCGUGCUCAGCUUCGACCGGUUCUCGCGAGACGAGAUAAUCGGCGAGAUCAUCCAUCCGCUUGCCGGGAGUGAGGUCGGCCAGAAGGAAGUGACGUUCACGCGAGAGAUUUCGGCUAGACAUCUGAAGUUCCGGAGCCAGGGCCGCGGUGAUCUGCUGGUGUCGCUGUGUUACCAGCCCGCGGCCAACCGUCUCGGCGUCGUCGUGCUGAAGGCGCGGAACCUCCCCAAGAUGGACAUCACUGGACUCUCAGACCCGUAUGUGAAGAUCUACCUGUUGUACAACGGACAGAGAAUCGCCAAGAAGAAGACCCACGUGAAGAAGCGAACCCUGAACCCUGUGUUCAACGAAUCGUUCCUUUUCGACGUGCCCUACAACGAGGGCCUCCAGAACAUCAGCCUCGAGUUCCUCGUGCUCGACUGGGACCGCAUGACGAAGAAUGAAGUUGUCGGACGUCUCGAAGUCGGCGUCAAGUGCUCGGGACAGGAACUCAAUCAUUGGAACGAAGUCAUGAAUUGCCCACGCAAGCAGAUUGCGGAGUGGCACAAAUUGAAGGAGUAAAUCGGCAGCGGAGUAAGACCGACGCCAGUAAAAUCUGUCUCGAGAACCACCUGCGUGGAUUAUUUUUUAACCCCGCUAAAAAUGUUGGUGGAUAAAUUCUCUAUGGGGUUCUUUGUUUUGUUUUGUUGUUUUCCUUCUUUUUUUUUCUCUUUUUUUUUGAGACGAGAAAAGAUAAGGUAAACUGUGUUCAGCAUGUUUGAUUUUGAAGGACGUGUAAUUUGGUGUAUAUUUUUUAUCGUUUUUUCUGACCAUAUAUGUUUUGUUCUAUGCCAUUGGAUAAUGUGUAUUUAAAUAUCUAGCCUCAAAAAAAAAAGAAGUAAAUUGUUACUAAAUAUGUAAACUUAUGAUAUUUUAUCAUUGAGAUUUAAAAAUCAAAAAUUAAGAUUGCAUUCUGACUGAAGUCCGAUCUUCGCUUUUUAUCCAUUAUAAAUAUCUCAUAGUCAAUACGAAAUAUCGUUGGCUUAAUUCAGAUCUCCUUACCGCAAAGUGAAGUGAAGAUCUGUAUUCAGUCAGACUGUGAAGGCGUGUUAUAUAUGCAUUACAAUCUAUUUUUAGAAUUUAUGCACCCAUCUUGGCUUUGUCUGUUCUCUCACAAUCGGUUCAUCUCUAUAUGCGUUUCUUUAUUCUAUAUUGGCGUUAAGGAGUUUUGGUUUAAUGUCUUGGCUUUUUCUUUGAAUAUGUAUAAUUAUUACAGGAAUAAUUUCUGUUAGGUUUUUUCACUUGAAGUGCACAUAGAGAAGCGAGAUAAUGAGGAACUCGUCUACGUUUUGAGAACUGCAAUAAUUAAUCAAGAUAUUAAAAGUAAAAUUGAGUAGUGUACUGUUACAGUAGUUCAUACAGUGUUUGAAAUGUUCUGACGUCAUGUCUUUAGAAUAUUGACCAGCUACUGUGAGAAAUUAUAUUACAUUCAAUAAAAGUGAAUGUUCCUUUGAGGAAAUAUAUAUACAUAUACUGUUUUGAUAAACUAAACUAAAACAAGAAACUAAAAAUAACACCCAAAAACAACAACAAAAUAUUUUUUUUUUAAAGCUACAGCAUGGACGUGCAGUCGUCAGCAAUAAUGUUGAAUAUGGAAAGAAGUACCUUUAAGGACUGAAACAAACAACAAUUCGUCUUUUAAUGUUAGCCAAAUCUAUAGAAAUGUAAUGGGUGCAUUAAAUGUAAAGAGUUUUCAAAAAUAUUGCACAUCUGUUACUUCUUUUUUUCUUUCUUUCUUUUUUUCCAUUAUUUUUAUUUGUUUUUCCUUUAUAAACUAUAACAGCGAAAUGUAUGUUACAUACCUAAUUAAUGACUCAACACAAUAAAUUAUUUUGUAAAUUUAAUUGUCUGUUUAAACAAUCGUUCUUUCUAUAGACUACUUAUUUUAAUGUAAUAUGUGCACAGUGAAUAUUCCUAUGAACAACUUCUUCAAAAUGUUGAUCCAAGAAAAUGUCAUUCAUGAGUGAAGCAAUAUUUAUGUCGAUAACUCCAGACCGUUUUGACUUUUUACAUUUCUACAUACUGUAUAUUACAACCACCCACCACACCCCCACCACCACACCACCACCAUCUGUGCUUCUUUGUACGAUUUCAGAGAUUUAAAAAAACCCAGAAUAAUUUGAAUAAUGUUUUUUUCAUGACACUCAGCACUUUGCGUUUAUUGUUAAUUAGGUGUUUUAUGGUUGUCCACAAACAUCUUUGGGGCUGGCAAACAAGCAUGCUAAAGUAAUACGCCUUUUGUUGAAGGGUGGGGGUGUAAUGGAGGAAUGCUUCGUCUUGUUAUUCACGUUGUUUAGAGCAGAAAAGAAACCUGCUACUUGCAGUUCGCAGCAAGGGGACUUUUAUAUGACAGGGUAAUUUCCGAAAGACAGCCCAGCACAUACCAUAAAGUUUCAACAUAACAACCAGUGAGCACUAGCGGUAAUGAACAAAAACAAACAACGUCUGAUGUGCAGGGUUGAUCCUGCGACUUCUCGCAUGCCAGGCCACAACCUGUCACCGAGCAAAAUCCCGUUGCACUUGUAAAUAGAUACGGAUGAAUGAAAACGAUAUGCCAGUUUCUAGACCUUAACCCAGUCACGAAGCACACUCUGUAUCAUUUUAGAAAGUAGGAAUCUCUGUACAAAACAAAAUCCAAUGUGUGUAUUACAUGUGGUAUGGUUUAGAGUUUGAAACACUUGUGUGUGAACACAAUCGGAAAUGAUGUAAGAUAUUUUAGUAUCUGCUUUUAAAAGUAGUUUUGGAAAAUAGCGAUCACGGGUGUAAUCAUAAAAGUUUAAGUGGUAUUAGUAUCUACAGGCGAAACAUAUUUAAUUUUGGUAAAAAAUACAGUGUUUGAAAUUUUCAUUCACUGCCCAGCUAAACAGUUUGACGCGAUCUGCAUGUCAAAUUUCAUUACUGCGAUUACCGUGUUUUAUAAGACAAAAAUCAAGAACUUAAAACUAUUCUACAUGCUUCAAUGUUUUACCUUUUACUCGAGAUAACAGUUUUAAACUUUAUCGAUUGCUUUGUCUGGGUUCAUGGUCCAGUUCCGAGGAGGAAGUGAAAGAUGCAUUUGAAUAUAGUUGAGAUGGCACUCGUUAUUACAAAACUGAAAAGUAAAAUGUGUGUAUGUGUAUAAAGAGCAGUUAAUAUAACUGAGCAGGUGGUCUUCAUAUACAGGUUAUAUAAAAAUUGGUUUGUAUGCAGAAAGGGUAUAUAUGAAGUGCCCUUUUAUGGAGAGAUAUGGUUGUGAUAUAAGGUGUCAGUUAUAUUAUGGCAGGUUCGCCUUGAAUGUUUUAAAAGGCGAAGAUCUCUUCGUCUGAUUGGUGAAGUAGAGAAUGUAUUUGUGCGUUCUUUAAUGUUGACGUAUUAUGUAACCAAACUAAAUAUUGUUCUUUCUUUCUCUUUGCCCAAUAUGGUCACAACCAAUUUUUCAAAAACUGUACAUAACGUGUAUUGUGUUUGUAUAUUUUAUGUGUGAUACGAUCAUUGUUGUAAAUAACGUGUCCACAAUUCACCUGUAUUACUCUCUCAGUGAUAUUAUUUUGAUUGGGCUUUGUUUCCUCAAAAUAUAUAUACUAAUGUAUUUGACGCGUUGUUUACAAUUAUGAUGUAUUGAUGUUUAUAUAUAUAUAUAUUGUCACGUGUAUACGUGUUUACAAAUGUGUUCUUUAUUUACGUGUCAAACCAACUUUAGGACCCAAAAUCAGAUAUUAAUGAGGACAAUAUUUGUAACACACACAAACGCAUGCACGCGUGCACGAACAUUUUUUUUUUUUUUUUACUUUUGGGGAAUGAUAAAAAAAAUCGGAGAAAGUAUACUUUUUAGGGCUUCCGUAAAUUGAACAUACACAAGUAACACAAAAAAGCAUUUAUAUAACAAAAAUUAUGAAUGGGAGUGAAUUGUACCCUUUCUGCUUCCAACCGAAUAUUGUAACUUGACGCUCAGUGCUUGUACACCGGUUUUCUGUUCUCAACAGUGAUAACGAUACGCUUUACUAGACUAGCACACGAUCAUGCCUGAUGUAAUAUAAACGGACGUCACUAAAAAAAUACUAACUGAGAAAACAAUACGAAUUUUUGUUUUGUAAUUAUAAAACAAAACAUUCUUAUAAAAAAUAAUACGUUCAUGUAAAUAUUGUUUUGUGAUUCGUAAUUGUACAUAAAUAAUCCUAUUCUUGUUGAUGUGUUUUUGUGUCAUUUUACACGUGUACAGUUUGUUCACGCCUAUAUAUUGUUCAAAAAGGAAAGUAAGUAACAUAAGUGUCGCGUAUUUCAUCUCCCAGAAGAGGCAGAAAUACCUAUUCAUAUGAAAAUAAAUGUUUAUGUUUCAGUUUGUAAGACGCAGACAAAAUUAAUUAAUAUGUACACAUGUAUUUAAGGGACGGAUCCAGGAAUUUGUUUGUGGUUUGUUUUGUUUUUGGAGGGGGGAGGGGGAGGUCAACUCGUGAAAGGGGCAGUCCAAUGAAUAUUGUUUUAACAUUUAGGGGGACGGGCCCCCUUGUUCCCCCUGGAUCCGCCUCCUAUCUAACAACGCCACUGGUAGUAGGAUGUCGUUGUUAUUCAUUAUUUAUAACCACGAAAUUAACUGUGAUUACAUCAGUUAAAGAUGCGUCAUAAACAUAAUUCUUGUGGCAUGGUUAUUGUACUUACGAUAUUUUAAUUGCCAGGCGAUAGUAUUGGGUUUUCGACAGCACAAUAUUCUAUCUUCUGGCAAUCAAAAUAUCGAAAGUGUGCAAUAACCAUACAUACCCCCUGUUUGUUUAUGCAGUAGCUGACUUGUGCCAUGCUAAGUUAUGUUUCAUGACGCGUUAAGGAAAUCUGACUCAGUGAGAGGUGGGAUUUAAAAAGUGUGCGGUUUUACAUAUUUGUUGCACACUUUUGUCAAUGGAGGGAAACAACAUAAAUAUGAUACAAAAAUUAUUUAUUACUAACAAUGGAUGACACAUGACAUGAUUGCCUAGCAGCAUCUAAUUAAGAUAUUAAUAAUCAUCUGUUUAUUACCAGUCGUUGUUCUCUCUCUCUCUCUCUCUCUCUCUCUCUCUCUCUCUCUCUCUCUCUCUCUCUCUCUCUCUCUCUCUCUCUCUCUCUCUCUCUCUCUCUCUCUCUCUCUCUCUCUCUCUCUCUCUUGUCUCUGCAAAAUGCAAUGUGAAUUCUAGAAUUUUUAUAGACAUCUGCCAAUUGUGCUGUUUGUUUGCUUUGUAUAAACAUAAAUAAUUGUGACAUGUUGUUAUUGCUUUGUGAUAUUAACUACAUGAUUGUGUUUGAAAAUCAAAUGUUACUACUGUCAUACUACCAUCUUUAUUCACGUUGGUCGCUCAUUAUACAUGAAUAUCUGAGAGGUUUCGUUAGGAUAACAUGAUCCAGAGUAACAUACACCAAUGAACCCUAUUCUUUGAAAAUAACGAAUGUACCCGUAACUCCAGGGUAUCAUCAAAGUUAUUGGUUUGAAGCUUAAUAACAUUCUGUUCUUUAUCUAAAGAAGACGUUUGUUAUGUUUGACGACACCACUGGAGCACAUUGAUUAAUUAAUCAUUGGAUGUCAAACAUUUGGUAUUUCUGACUCGUAGUCAUCAGAAGAAACCCGUUAUAUUUUUCCUUAUGCAGCCAGAGAUCUUUUAUACGCGCUUUUCCAUAGACAGAAAAGCACAUACAACGGUCUUUGACCAGUUGUGGUUCUAUCUAAAGAUGCGUCAUCGUUACUGAUCUCAACGAACGUCGGUGAAGUCUUAAUUAAGAUAUUGGCUUUCAGGAUAUUAACUAACGUGUUUACAUCCCAUAACUGGCUCCUACUAAGAGCGAUUUUAACGGCUUAACGCAGAGACGUAGGCCACUACACUAAUAUACAAUCUUUAACAUUGUUUUGGACAUACAGCCCAGAAUUAUUGUGUUCGCCUGACAGUGUGUUUGAACCUUAUGUGGAUAUCAGCAUGGAAAUAAUAGAAAAUAAAAAAAAAUGUCCUGGUAGUAAUAUACCUGAUAUUCAUACUGUUAAAACUAUAUUUGCGACUAACAAGAUUUGUUACUUGUAAUCGUAAUAAUUCAAAUAGGGGAAUCUGGCUCGGACUGAAUACCCGCGAUGCGGAGGAACACUAUGAUAGCAGGGGUGUGCUCAAGACACAGAUUUUGGCGCAAUCAUCGGUUAGCGGUUUAACGGGUCCUUGCGCCAAAACCAGUCGAGAACGUCAGUUGUCAGUGUGGAAUCUUGAAAUAAUCAAAUAAUCGCACUUAAUAGUCCUAUUGUUAUUCAAAUAAUGCAAUUAACUAUAAGAUAUUUUCGCAAUGAUUGAAACAAAUAUUUAACCACUGUUAAUAUACGUGUGUGACUCCCAUCGGUCGUGCUUAGUUCAUGUCUCUCUUUAACUUGUUACUAUAGGGGUCUGUAUUUACCUCAGCGCAUAAAUUAUGCUAAUAUUGUAUUCUGUAUUAACCCGUCAUAUAAAUUAUGUUGAUAUUUUUUCUGUAUUUCUUCCGUUGUAUACAUCAUCAUAAUACUGUGGUCUGUUGCCCCCCCUCCCCCCUCCCCCCACCGCGCAAAUCAUGCUGACAUUUGGUCCUUGUGCUUAUAUAAACUAUGUUAAUAUUGGGUUCUUUAGACAUUUAAUUUUAUCCAUUAUACUAAUAUUGGCUUUUGCAUUACAUAGUAAUAUUAAUUUAUCUAUAUAUUGUCCCACCGUUUUUCGGAAUAAUGAUAAAAUUAUGUCCUAAUUUUUAUCCCAUCGUAUAUAUUACGCUUGUUUUACACUUGUUUUAUAGACCUAUUUAUUUCGUAUAUAUUGUAGUGAUACUGACUUCUGAAUAUACCCACCGAGUAGCCAAAUACUAAACUAAUAUUAACUGCAGCUUUAUUACAUCGCAUAUUAUUGAUACCAUGUCCCACACUAUAAUAGGAUGUUAAUACUAAGUUAGCUCUGUAGUCCCCCGAUGUUCUUUUUAUGGUCUUAACAUUAGUGGACCCUAUCUGUACUGUAGUAGCCACGAAUCCACACUUUGUCGUAGAUUCUCCACUACAUAAUGUAUCCCCAGUAGUUCGGAUUAUUUUGUUAUGUGAUUCUGUACGAUGUACGAUUUCGUCAGAUAUUGUACACUGUGUUCAAACCAUGUACUUAUCAGUAAAUAAAGAGAGCUAUUCUUGUUGAAAAAAAAAA